AUGGCUACAGGAAAGGCCGAACCUUCGACACAUAGUGAGGUUCAGAGCUCCUCUCCCUCAUCCAGGAGGGUGGACGCUCCUUUGGAAAACGUUCAUGAAAGAGAAAAGCAGAUGGUUGCUUCUAUCCGACCCCCUCAUCAGAGAUCAGUGAAUCCUUUUGUCAUCAAAGAUCGGCCGGAGGAGAAGCAGCUGGGGAUAUCGACUCAGAGCCUUCGUGUUAGUGAUUUUGUGCUCAUCAAAACACUCGGCACUGGUACCUUUGCACGAGUGUGGCUGGCGAAGUUCAAAGAUGAAACAAUCCGACGAGACAAUGUGUACGCGCUAAAGGUUUUACGCAAGGCAGAUGUGAUCAAGUUGAAGCAAGUAGAGCAUGUGCGCAAUGAGCGAAAAGCACUUGCUGCGGUUGCCGGCUACCCUUUUAUCACGACUUUGAUCGCGACAUUUUCCGAUGAGCAGAGCCUAUAUAUGCUGCUGGACUACUGCCCCGGAGGCGAGAUCUUCAGCUAUCUUCGACGUGCGCGACGAUUCAACGAAAACACCUCGAGAUUCUAUGCCGCCGAGAUCACGCUAACGAUCGAGUACCUUCAUGACGUUGAGGGUGUCGUUUACCGUGAUCUGAAGCCAGAAAACAUACUCUUGGAUGCUGACGGGCAUAUUAAGCUCGUCGACUUCGGGUUCGCGAAGCAGAUCAACGAUCGCGAGACAUACACGUUAUGCGGCACUCCGGAAUACCUCGCUCCCGAGGUGAUCCACAACAGCGGGCAUGGCCUCGCAGUGGACUGGUGGGCUCUCGGGAUCCUCAUCUACGAGUUUCUGGUAGGGCAGCCCCCGUUCUGGGAUCAGAACCCGAUGCGCAUCUACGAACAGAUCGUUGAGGGCCGCUUGCGUUUUCCUCCGAACAUGUCGCCCGCAGCCCAGAACAUCAUAUCAUGUCUUUGCAAGACCAAUCCAAGUGAGCGGCUUGGACACAUAUCAGGUGGCUCUGCGAGAGUCAAAGCGCAUCCGUUCUUUGAGGACAUCAAUUGGGAUGACUUGUUCCACCGGCGCAUGAAAGGGCCCAUCAUCCCGCGAGUUGACCAUCCCGCAGAUACCGGAAACUUCGAGGACUAUCCCGACGCAGACGUGAGGGGUCAGACCAUGUAUACCGACGACAUGAAGAAAAAGUACGAAGCUUUGUUCAGCGACUUUUAA